AUGCCCAGGGCGAAGAUUCGCCCCAAGUGGAUUUGCUGCGUCGCGCUGGCUUUUUAUCCCUUGACUGCCUGGGUGGCGGGACGACCCACGGAGCGUCACUUUGUGCAGACUCUGCCCAUGAGACAUGCGAUGAAAGCGUCUGCGCAACAACCGGAAGCGUCAGGCUGGCGUGUGGCAGUGGUGGGUGCCGGCGUGGCCGGCCUGGUCUGCGCGCGCUCCCUCCACCGCAGCGGCUGCCGGGUGGAGGUCUUCGAAGCCGCCGACGGCGUCGGAGGCCGUGUGCGGAGCGACCGGGUGCCGCUGCCAGGAGAACCAGAGCAAGGUUCCUUCUUGUUGGACCGCGGCUUCCAGAUUCUGAUUGAAGCAUAUCCGGAAGUGAAACGGCAGUUGGAUUUGAAGCCCCUGGCUCUGCGCAGCUUCGCGCCGGGCGCGGUGCUGGCCUUUGGCCAAGGGCAGCUUCGGGUCGUGGCGGACCCCUUGCGGAGUCCCAGAUAUCUCUGGAAGACUUUGACGUCCAACAUUUGUUCCAUCCAGGAUUUGUGGCAACUGUUGCUGCUGCGCUUGAAGCAACUCUUGUUCGAGAGCCCGUACACACCCCUGGAGGAAGCAGAUGUUGCACCUAACACAGAGGAGUUUCUGUGCCGGAAGCUGCAACUGUCCAGCGAGCUGGUGAACCGCUUCUUGCGACCCUUUUUCGAAGCCAUCUACGUGACACCUUUGGUGCGCCAAUCUUCGGCCUGUUUUCGCUUCGUGCUGCGGAUGUUGGCGGAGGGAAGCACCUCCCUACCUGACAGGGGCAUGCAAGCAGUGCCGGAUCAACUGGCAGAAGGCUUGUCCAUUCAUCUGGGCUCUCCAGUGGCUGAAGUCAGAGCCCGGCAGCUGCGCUUGGGCGACGACUGGAGGGACUUCGAUGCUGUGGUAUUGGCGGCGGAGUUGCCGCAGGCGUCGCAGCUGGUGCCGGAGAUAGGUGGUCGCAAAGGCACUUCCAGCUGUACCUGGUAUUUUGCUUUGCCUUCGCCACCACCUGUGACGGAGCCGCUGAUUGUGCUCAACAGCACCCUGCAGAAGGCGGCAGAUGAGGAUGGAAUGAGGCUGGUGGAUGUGGCGUUCCCAUCACUGGUCCAACCCACCUAUGCCCCAGCUGGUUGGGACCUGGCAGCUGUGACGGUGCGUGGGUCUGAUGGUGGUGACAAGGAAGGCUGGCUUCGAAGUGAAUUGGAAGGUCUGUUUGGACGAUCUUUGCAGGACUGGAAGCUGCUGCGGGUUUAUCACUUGUCCUUCCAUCAGCCCUCCCAGCAGCGGCCCUUGAGACCUCGGGAGCCGAGAUCGACCUCGGGCGUCUAUCUCUGCGGGGAUCACUGUGCCGAGCCCACUUUGGAUAGCGCCAUGCGCUCUGGUCGUUUGGCCGCCGAGGCCGUGUUGAAGGCAUGGCGGUAACCUGGUGGGUCAUGGGCCAGGCGAAGCAGGUCUCAACUGAAGGAUCUGAGAGCAAGGCUUUGCGAUUUGUUCAGGAGUGUUCCCUACAGUACCCAGCUUCAGGAGUUUAUAAACAUCAAUAAACAUCUUACACUUCUCCACAACUAUCCCCAACUGGAGUUAUCACCAUCGCAUCCCGCUGGCGAAAGCAUCUCUUGCCAGGACUUGGAGAACCAAUGAGAUUUCCACGAGGUCACCAAAGUCCCACCGAACAUCCCUGGCCAUGCUGCGAACGCCGUUGACGGAGGCCAUUGCAACUGUGGACAAGUGGACAUGGUCGAAGACUUGCAGAUCAAGAUGGAAAAAUCAACCGCGGAACAAAAAGGAUUCCGC